CUGAGUUGUAAACACAGAACUGGCUGGAACACAUGUCACCACACAGAAAGUGGUGAACUAUUUUUCUAAAUUCUUAGCCAGCAAUGAAUCACGCAGUAAAAUAAAUGCUUAUGGUUACAGAUACGCCGGGUUUGUACUUUCGCGACAUUCGUGCAGGCAGCGGUCCAGGGUCCGUGUUUAUAAACGUGUAACUUAUAAAACGUUUACGCGGACCUCCGCUCUGGACUUUAGCUCGGCAGGAAAGCGACCGCAAGACGCAAAGAAAUAAUGAACGACUCGGACACUAGCGCGAUUCUCCCCGAGGAGUUCGCACCGUCCGUCAGGGACGAGACUCCGGAUGCAGACGCCAGCUCCCUUGAUGCAGAUAUGCCGUCCGGUUCCCCUGUCCGCUGCGGGCGUCCGCCCUUCCCGUGUCCGCUACCGGUCUCGGUGGAGCCGGUCCUCUUCCUUUGCAUGUUCUCGCUGGCUCUCCAGAUGCCCCUGUAUACGCAGUACCUCUGGGACCGCAUCAGCGAAGAUCUCGGCUACAACGGCACGAAAGCAGGGGGGUGUCAAAAUUCCUCCGGCCAGCCCGAUCCGCUGGAGAAGGAGGUGGCGACGCAGACGGCGCGCUGGUCCCUGUACAUCAGCCUGGCGGGGUUUGGGGUGGGGCUGGUGGUGGUGACACUGCUGGGCUCGUGGAGCGACCGGGUGGGCCGGCGCCGGCUGCUGGUGGUGCCGAGCCUGGGCCUGGCGCUGCAGGCGGGCGUGUACCUGGCGGUGAUGUACCUGCGGCUGGGCGUGGCCUGGCUGCUGCUGGGCCGGCUGCUGAGCGGCCUCUCCGGCGACUUCAACGCCGUGCUGGCCGGCUGCUUCGCCCACGCCGGCGACACCAGCGCCCGCCGCUCCAGAACCUUCCGCGUGGCCGUGCUGGAGGCCACGCUGGGCGUGGCCGGGAUGCUCGCCAGCGUCGUCGGGGGCAACUGGCGCCGGGCGCAAGGGUACAUAAACCCGUUCUGGCUGGCGUUGGCCUGUAACCUGGCCGCGGCGCUGUACGCCUGGCUGUUCGUGCGCGACACGGUGACCCCUGACCCCGGGGCGCGGCUCCUCUCGGGCGAGCACCACCGGGCGGUGCUGCGGCUCUUCGGCCCGCGGGGGAAAGGCGGGCGCGGCCCCCUGCUCUGGCUCUACACGCUCUGCUUCUUCCUGGUGGUGCUGGUGCAUUCUGGGAGCCGCGAGCUGUACGUGCUGUUCGAGCUGAGCCCGCCGCUCUGCUGGGGGCCCCAGAUGGUGGGGUACGGCUCGGCCGCCCUGCACCUGGCCUACCUCAGCAGCCUGCUGGGACUGCGGGUCCUCCAGCUCGGCCUGGACGACUCCUGGGUGGCCCUGCUGGGGCUGGCCUCCAACUGCGCCGCCCUGCUGGUCAUCUCCAACGCUGCAACCACUGCGCUCAUGUUCACCGGGUACGGGCUGAACUUCCUGUCCAUGGCGUCCACUCCUGUCCUCCGCUCGAAGCUGUCCAAACUGGUGGAGUCAUCCCAGCAAGGGGCGCUGUUUGCGUCAGUGGCCUGUGUGGAGAGCCUGUGCUCCCUGGUGGCCAGCGGGGUGUUUAUGUCGCUGUACCCCGCCACGCUGCACGUCUUCAAGGGCUUCCCCUUCCUCUUUGGAGCCCUCAUCCUCCUCAUCCCUGCCUCCAUCAUCGGGGCGAUCAGAUGUAGGGAAAUGAGGGGGGCCCAUGACGGAACCUCCUGACGUUCCUCUGGCCACGCCCGGCCGCCCCAGGCCCGGGGCUGUGCAUUCGAGGUGGCAAACGCUAGCUAACGUUAGCAUGUUCAUACUCAAUCACAUUAACAUGUUCCAACGCUAGCUAACAUUAGCAUGUUCAUACUCAAUGCCCAUUAACAUGUUCCAAUGCUAGCUAACAUUAGCAUGUUCAUACUCAAUGCCCAUUAACAUGUUCCAACGCUAGCUAACGUUAGCAUGUUCAUACUCAAUGCCCAUUACCAUGUUCCAACGCUAGCUAACGUUAGCAUGUUCAUACUCAAUAUUCAUUAGCAUAUUCAUGCUCAAUAUCCAUUAGCAUAUUCAUGCUCAAUAACCAUUAGCAUAUUCAUGCUCAAUACCCAUUAACAUGUUCCAACUUUUUUCUGUUCACCGCGAACAUUAGCUAAUAUUGGCUAACGGUUUGAAAAGGACAAUGCUGUGAAUGCUAGGUUCUGGCACACCUUGAUAGAUUUAUAGAUUGAUAGAUUUAUAAAAAUUGCAAAUAAGGUGUGGCCGUUCAUCCCUUCUGUCUGGGAGUCACCGGCACCGAUGGUCUCUGCUGUGAAAAUAAGGGAGUGUUGAGUUGAGUUCUUCUUCAGCAGACGUAAUUAUGGGAUUACACGUUCGGUCACACCACAGCCGGGCGCAUGCAAUCAAACGAGAGCCGAUUGUUUUAACCCAAAGCUGGUUUUACCGAGAGGUCAAAGCAAGUUGGCGGGGGGAUUGCAGAUCAUGUUAAUGCCAACCGUUGUCGGCUAACUUUAGCGCUAAUGUCAAUCACACUGGUGUCAGACAUUUUAGCCAAUCCCCGAAUGCCCCUGCACAGGUGAACCCCGAUGAUGUCACACAGGUAGACAGGUGUGCAGGCGUGAGUGGGGCAGGACAGCUAAAGAUCCCCAGUGUCUGUGACCACUUCGCUUAUACCUUUGCUUAUACCCUUUUUUCAUUGUUGAUUCUUUACCUUGGACCAUAAAAAAAAAAAAAGCUCCUAUACCCCUCUUGAAACUUCCGACAACUGCCACCAGAAGUUGAAAGAAGAAAUCCAGCAAGAUGAUUGCUGUUGGCCAAUUUGUACAUAGGAUGCUAUAUGGUUUGAACCAGAUGGGAUAGAGACAGGAAUUACGUGUCUUUUCCCACUAAUGUUAGGUCAGCAAAUACAAUAAAGUGGUGUCAUUGGUUUAGCUUUUAAUGUAAUCGAAAUCUUGAAAUCCAAGAUGGCGGCCAUAUUUGUGUUAUUGGCAUUUUAAGACACUGCAGAUUAUGGGUAGUUUUAAAAGGCACAUCUCUGUUCAGCAGUAUGUAGAAAAAAUUAUCAUUUUAAUAUGACUGUACCGUGUGCUUAACAAUUUAUUUCGCUGAAAUUUCUCAGGGAUCUGAAACUGUUUUUAAAUUUUAAGGCCAUUUCAGUGGAAAAAAAGAAGAUGUAAGUGCUGAAAAAUAGCUUUGUAUACGCUAGGCUAACACUCAUGUUCUGUACUUUUGUCAGUAAUUCUGGAUAACAGCAUCUGUUGAAGGAUAGGUUCAGUAUUUUUGAGCCCAGGCCAUGUUUUGGGAUAAUUGUGGAUUAUCGUGAGCUGUGAAUUAUCAUGUCCUACCAUGUUCGACUGAAAAAAACAAAACAGUAUUGUAUCAGAAGUUAUGAGCUUGGGAACUUGCAGUUCUCUAGUUGUUGUGCUUUCUGUAUUCUGGCUCAGACCAGCAGGUUUGCCUUCAGAAGCCAACAUAUUCUCAUGUCAUCACUGUGCUACAAAAUAAACUUUUUAACAAAUGUUUUUUCAAAAUUCUGGGUCAGUUCUAGAACUCCAUUGCUUUCAGUUUCCAGUAGUGAUUGUUACAUCAGCGCUGGAGUGUUCAGUUAGGGACAUUCUAUGUAUGUAUAAGGUCAUAUUCUACCUGAAAUGGUUCAUCAUUGUCUAUGCAGAGAAUAUACAUUCCCCUCUGAAAUUAUUGGAAUAGCAAGGUCUUGUGUACAUCUUGUUUUUGCAGCCCCAAACGUAUUCGGUGUUUUUGCAAAAAAAAAGGAAUUGGCCUUGCUGUUCCAAUACUUUUUUAGGGGACUGUUUACCUGUGCUAUUAUACAGACUUGAAAAUCUAAAUGAAAAAUGCUGAAACACUGCCUUUAAGAUAGCUGACUGUCUGAGCCAUGACUCAUAACAAACUAAACAAAAACUCUUUAGCAAUCCGUUGAUGGGGGGGGGAAAUAUGAAUCAUGAUUCUGUGAAUGUUUCAUUCCUGAAAUUGCUGCUGUAUUUCAUGAUGAGACCAUUUAAAGGAACAGACUGUUUUUAUAUCAAAAGUGAACAAGAUGAGAAGCUAACUGACUUGAAAAUAAAUGCACUUUUUACAGCAAAAAAAA